UUAAAUGCUUUUUAUGACAUCUUUGACUUCUUUCAGUAAUAACAACAAUCGGAAGGACUGUUGGUGCUGUUUUUGUUUCGCAAGUAUAUGAAAAUAGUUGAAAAGAGCAAGAAGACAAGUUUUAACUCUGAACUUUGUAAGACGCGCUGCUGUAUCCAGUGUCCGGAAGUUCCGAAGGAAAAAAGAAAAAGGCAUGAAAAAGAGCUGGCCACUUUUCCCAGAGCUCACUGAAACGCGAUUUACUCUCACCCUUUGAGACGACUGUAGCUUUUGUAUUUGCUUGUUAAAAAUACGCAGUCUUCUAUUUAUCGAUGGGUCUUCCUACGUUGGAGUUUAGUGACUCUUUUCUAGACAGCCCGGAGUUCAGAGAAAGACUACAGUGCCAUGAAGUAGAGCUAGAGAGGACGAACCGAUUCAUAAAGGACCUUAUUAAAGAUGGCAACAUGCUCAUAUCCGCACUUAGAGCUUUGUCUCUGGCCGUGCAGCGCUUCUCUCAGUCUCUUCAGGAGUUUCAGUUUGAGUGUAUUGGAGACGCAGAGACAGACGAUGAAAUGAAUAUAGCUCAGUCCUUGAAGGAGUUUUCUCAGCUCUUGAGCACAGUAGAAGAAGAGAGAAAACGACUGAUUCAAAAUGCAGAUGAUGUGUUGAUUUCACCACUUGAGAGAUUUCGAAAGGAACAGAUUGGAGCGGUCAAGGAGGGAAAGAAACAGUUCGACAAAGAGACAGAGAGAUACUACUCAGUUUUGGAAAAGCACUUGAGUCUUUCAUCCAAAAAGAAAGAGUCUCAGCUACAUGAGGCUGAUUCACAGAUGAGCAAAGACAGACAGAUUUUUUAUGACGCAUCUCUGCAGUAUGUCUUCAAAAUCCAAGAGGUCCAAGAGAGGAAGAAGUUUGAGUUUGUUGAACCGCUGUUGGCCUUCCUUCAGGGCUUGUUCACAUUUUACCAUGAGGGCUAUGAGCUGGCCAGUGAGUUUGACCCCUACAAGCAGCAACUGCAGUUCAACCUGCAGAAUGCAAGAAACAACUUUGAAAGCACUCGCGCAGAGGUGGAGAGGCUGAUGAAGAGGAUCAGAUCUGCAGAGGAAGACUUCAAGGCGCCCAGUCCCUACACUAUGGAAGGAUACCUGUACAUACAAGAAAAACGUCCACUGGGCAGUGUGUGGACAAGGUACUACUGUACAUAUGAGAGAAGCUCCAAAAUGUUCACCAUGAGCAGCCCAGACGCCCGACCAGCCAACAGACAAAACGGUGUGGUGAAUGGGGCUCCAGAGAUGUUCAGACUACGUUCAUGUGUGAGAAGAAAAACAGAUUCAAUCGACAAGCGCUUCUGUUUUGAUAUUGAAGUGGUGGAGAGGUUGGUAACAUGUUUCACCUUGAAAACAGUUAUUGUAUUGUAUUGUAUUGUGUCUAGUCUAGAUAUAAUGGACUGUAUUCUCUCUCUUUGUAGACAUGGUGUUAUUACUCUACAAGCUCUCUCUGAUGCAAACAGACGUCUCUGGAUGGAAGCAAUGGAUGGGAAAGAGCCGAUCUACACUCUGCCUUCUCUGCUCAGCAAAAAGGAGGAGACAUUUCUCAAUGAGGCAGGCUUCAACUUUGUAAAAAAGUGCAUUGAGUUGGUUGAAUCGAGAGGUCUCACAACCUUGGGCUUGUACAGAACUGGGGGAGUUAACUCAAAAGUGCAACGACUCAUGACCAGUGUUUUUUCAUCCACAGCUCCCUCAGAUGUGCAGUUGGAUGCCGAGGCUUGGGACAAUAAAACCAUCACAAGUGGUCUGAAGAAUUAUUUCAGAUGCUUGGCAGAGCCUUUACUGACUUAUAGGCUGCAUAAAGAUUUUAUUAAGGCUGCAAGGUAUGAUGACCAGAAACACAGAGUGAGAGCCAUACAUGCACUUGUCCACAAACUGCCAGAGAAAAACAGAAAUAUGUUGGAGAUUUUAGCCAAGCACCUCCUCAGAGUUUCCUCUCAGAGUGAACAAAACAUGAUGACCGUGUCGAACCUGGGCAUGAUCUUUGGUCCCACACUGAUGAGGUCACAGGAGGAGACAGUAGCUGCUAUGAUGAACAUCAAAUUUCAGAACAUUGUUGUGGAAAUUAUUAUUGAAAACUGCAACAAAAUUUUUGGUGAGCCUCCUGACCUGUCAGCGCCUCUGCCUCAGGCUCCUUCGUCUCGCUCGACUCCUCGCAGAAGUAAAGCCAUCUGUCUGUCAUCUGGGAAGAGAAAGGCCCGCCUAUACCCUCCAACUCUGUGCCUGGCAGACAACGACAGUGACACGUUCAGCAGCAGCCCCAGCACUACCCCCAUGGGCAGCCAGGAGUCUCUGUCCUCUCACUCCUCAGAGAAAAAUGGCCAAUCCCAGACCUCUCCUCCUUCGUCUCCCGCUGCAGAAUCUGGCUCAUGCCUUCCGGUAGUUCCCUCCUGCUCCCAAAAUGACUCCAGAGAACCAGACCCUCCUCCUCCCAAGUCCUCCCCUCAGACAUCCUUGUCCUCCUCCUGGACAUCCUCCAAGCUCGGCCUAUCCCAGCUGCAGACCCCCUCAGUGUCCUCCAUGUCCUCUCUAGUUUCAAGCACAGAUAGGACACUUUCAGCUAAAGGCGACUCCACUGUGUCACUGUCUUCACUGAGAGAGUCGAGGACAUCCUUAACUACCCCGUCCCACCAAGAACCCUCCUCUGCUUCAAAGGAUCCCACCAUCCACAAAGCGCCUUCUUCCUGUUCCUUAAAAAACGCCCACUCUCACACUGCUGUUACAGAAACUAAAGUAUCAGAUGAAACACCUAAGCAGCCGCCACGGGCGUACAGGACCUCUUCCUCCUCAUCCUCCUCGUCAUCACUGUUUCCAUAUCGACUCUCCACUUCCUCCUCUCUCACAUCCCUGCACAUUUCAGAAGAUUACAAGAGCUGUCAUGGUUCAGUGCAGAGCCUCAUGUCUCUGGACCCACAGGAAGUGACACGUAAACUGUGUCACAUGCGCUGUGCGUCGGAUAUGAGCCAUAAAGUCACUGCAGCCACCGCCAGCAACGGAUACCAAAGCCCGGGGUCUCUAUCAUCUGUGCGAGGCCCACAGCGAGAAAGUUCAGUGUUUUCCUCAGCCUUAGACAUAUCUGGAAGGGAGGCAAAGGCUCUUUAUUCAUGUGAGGCAGAGCACAGCCAUGAGCUCAGUUUCCCACAGGGGGCGCUAUUCACAAAUGUAUAUCCAUCUGUGGAGCCUGGCUGGCUUCAGGCCACGUACAAAGGUAGAACUGGCCUCAUCCCUGAAAACUACAUCACUUACAUUUAACUGACUUUUAACUUUAACAAUAGACCUUAGGAUGAUUUUUUGUUCCUACAAUAGCUGCUGAUCGAAGAUGUAAUAUAUUUUAUGUAAAUGGACUGAAACAGUAUUUGGUUCUGGACAUUAUGUAUAUAUUCAUUUAUGUAUAUUGGAAUUUUGUUAAACAUUAUGAAACACACAUGACUGACUUUUACUUUGUUUUGCUGAUUUCAAUUAACUAAACUGACCAAAUUAACAUUCAUGAAGAUAAAUGUCUGUGAUUAAAUGAACUGCUAUGGAAUCUGACAUCUACUGAUUGUCAUUAUUUUUGUUGUUGAAAUAAACUAAACAUUUCAUGAAGUUGUUGUUGACUGAUAAGUAUUACAGAUUACACCAGGUAUUACAAUGGAAGAUUUUGUGAUUUCAGACCUCAGCUGAGCUAAAACCUCCAUCCUGGAUCCAGAUCAUUAUUCUGAACUGCAUUAAAUCCAAACAAUUUCUGUUUUUGGUGCAUUACUGACUUUAAAAGGUGACAAUCUGCUAAUAUUUACAUGAAGACAAUGCAUACAAACAAAAUAUAUACACACCAAAUUAAA